AUGGAUGCAGCAGCAGACGCGCACAAUGCCGAGACAUUUGACUUCGACAUUCCCGUCGGUAAGCUGCAGCAGCAGCAGCAACAGCGACAGCAGCAGCAGCAGCAGCGGCAUUCGCUGAGACGACUGGGAGCCCGACGAGGCGCAGUACAAGGAGUUCGAGUUACGCUGCAUCACCACCAGCAGCAACAGCAGCAACGGCGGCAGCAGCAGCUGAACGUGCAGCACCAGCAUGACAGGUUUGGCUCUCCAGGCGGUCUCCACAAACGGAAUGAACCACCAAACCAGGUCACAGAGCUGCCGGCGUUCUUCAGCACUGACAUCAGAGGGCAGCCUGUGGAAGUGCUGCUGGAGUCACUGGAGCCGGAGCUGCCUGCUGCUGCUGCUGCUGCUGCUGGUAGCAGCAGCAGCAGUAACAGCGAGUUUGGAGCGCUCCAUUCAGGCGCUGCGGGCGACUCUUUCGCCUCCACGAUGCACCUGCAGGACCUGCAGCAGCAGCAGCAGCAGUUGGAGCAGCAGCACUUGAAGCAGCAGCAGCAGCAGCUGGAACAGCAGCACCUGCAGCAGCAGCAGCUGAGGCAGCUUCAGCGGCAGCAACUGCAGCAGCUUCAGCAGCACGCGUACCAUCAGCAGCGCGUCAGCAACUCAGCAGCACCCGCAGCAGCAGCAGCAGCAGCAGACAGUCUGCUGCCUCCUCAUACGCAGAGCCGCUGCCUCUCCCCUGGGGGCCCCCCUGAGGGGCCCCCCAGGGGCCCCCCACUUCAUUCUUUGCUCGCGGGGCUCAGCAGCAAAAUGCAUUACCCUCCGCCAGGUUUUGACGGCGUUUCGCUGCAGCAGCAGCAGCAGCAGCGACAGGCAGCAGCAGCAGCAGCAGCAACGGCUCUCAGCAGAGACCCAGCGGUCCUCAUCACUGACUCCCGAGGCAAGGGGGCCCCUGUGGGGGCCCCUAUGGGGGUCCCUGGGGGGGUCCCCAUGGAGGCCCCUAUGGGGGCCCCUGUGGGGCCCCCUGUGGGGGCCCCUGUGGGGGCCCCUGUGGGGGCCCCUGUGGGGGCCCCCCUUCAAUGGCAGCACAGCAGCAGCGGGGGGGCUGGCUCGGACCUGCUGGAGGCGCAGCAAGAAUACCCCGCUGCUGCUGCUGCUGCUGCUGUGGGUCUUCGUGCUGCUGCACAGGGUGCAAAGGUUCAGGCGCAACUGCAGCAGCUGCAGCAAAGUGCUGCUGCUGCUGGACCUCCCCCGCCGGGCUGGGAGAACUCAGACGAUCUGUGGAACAAAUCCCUUCUUGACCAGCAGCAGCAGCAGCAGCAGCAGCAAGUGCAGCAGCUGCUGCUGCUGCAACAGAAGCAGCGGCACGGUCCCCCCGGCAGCCUUCGGGGCGGUGCAGCAGCAGCUCCCCAGCAGCAGCAGCCGCAGCAAGACCCUGUGCUGCAGCACGAGGCCUUGGAGCAGCAGUUGCUGCAGCAGCAACAGCGGCAGCAGCAGCAUCAACAGCAAUGGCUGAGUGGCUUCGAGAGAGAGAAUGCGGCAAGCAACUACACACCGCAACAAGAGCCGCAGCAGCAGCAACAGCAACAGCAGCAGCAGCAGCAACGAAGAGGCUCAAUGGGAGCCCAUAGAGGUGCUGAAGGAACCCGGCAUGCUGGGGCAGCUCACGGCUGGCUGCUGGGUGAGAGCAGCAGCAACGGGGAGCAGCAGCAGCAGCAGCAGCAGCGUGUGCGGGGGCAGCAGCCGUCAACGCAGCAGCAGAGGCGUAAGCAGCAGCAGCAACAGCAGCAACAGCAGCAGCAAGAGAAGGGACGGCGCCACGCGAAACAGCAGGACGCUGCAGCAAGUAGCAGCAGCAGCAGCAGCAAGACAGGCAACAAAGCAGUUGAGCACAGUGUGUCUCCGAGCAGUGCAAUCGAACGCAGCAGCAACAGCAGCAGCAGCAGCAGCAUUUGGCCUCCCCCCAUUUUCCCGCAGACUCGAGCUCUAGUAGACUACAUUAUUAAAAACAAAAUCAGUGACGCAACUCGCUGGUUUGGUUCGCUGCCGGAGGGCCUCACGGGCCCCCCUGCUGCUGCUGCUGCUGCUGCUGCUAACUCGCCCAGCAGCAGCAGCAGCAGCAGCAGCGCCGCCGGCAGCGGCAGCAGCAGCAGCAGCAGCAGCAGCAGCAGCAGCGGGAACGGGUUCAUGACUGCACACGACCUCGACGUCAUUCUCAGGGUGCAGCUGGCCCAGACUUCGCGGCGGCCGGAGCUGCAGCGGUACACAGGGCGUUGGAGAGCAGCAGCAGCAGCAGCAGCAGCAGCAGCAGGAGCUGCUGCGACCUGGAGGCGGAGGUGCGCCAGCAGCUCGCCCGCGCGCACGGCGAGGGGGGCCUCCUCGCGGCCGCGGCGACUGGUGCUGCUCCUGCAGCAGCAGCAGCAGCAGCAGCAGCUUGGGACAGCAGCAACACGCCGGGCCUCCUAG